AUGAAGGCACCGUCGGCCUGGCUCCUGUGCCUGCUACUGUUGGGCCUGGCCCUGCAGGGGUCCACCAACCGAGCCCGCCCGCACUCUACGGAGGCCCGCACCCCUGACAUCAACCCCGCCUGGUACACAGGCAGGGGCUUCAGGCCUGUGGGACGCUUCGGCAGGAGGCGGGCAGCCCUGGAAGGUGGCCCCAGGCCUGGCCCCUGGCAGCAGCCGGCCUGCUUUGCGCUGAUCAGCGGUGCAGAGUCCUCGUGGGACAGGGGACGGUCCAGCUCAUCAAGAAAGUAG